GGGAGCCGCGAGGCCGGGAGCGGGGUAGGCUGCGCCCGUAUUUAAGCGGGCUGCCCGAGCCGCUGACGUCUUUCGAAUUGGAGACGGGCUGCCCCCUCCCGCCCGGGCUCCCGCGGACACGGCCGGGGACGGAGCCAAGAUACAAGUGUCUGUCUGCAAUGCCCAGGCAUGCACAACAGUUUAGAGACCAUGAUACAAAUCCAUGUAUAGCGGAAACAGAUGCCUCUAGAAAAUGCAUGGACGACAACAACUAUAAAAAGGAUAUGUGUACUGAUUAUUUUCUGAAGUACAAAAGCUGCAGAAAAUUCUGGCAUAACAUCAUGAUACAAAGGAGAAGAAAUGGUGUAAAACCAGAGAUGCCCUCAGCAGAAGAGAGAAAGAAAAUACUGGAAUCAAUGGGGAAGCCCUACUGACUAGAAACUUGCAUGGACUGACUUUUCACUGUACAUGUGAAGACUUACCAGCAGCAGGUUGCCCUCUUAUGAAAUGGACUUUACAGUUGCCAAAUCUUGGAUUAAAAUAAGCUCUUAAAUUUUGAAAUGUGUGAGCUCUCUAGGAUUCAACCUCUUGGUUUUAUUCAUAUUGCCUGUCUGUGGAAGACAUGGGUAUUAACAUAACUUUUGUCUAGAUACGUUGGAUGUAGAAACUAACUUGCUGUGAAAUGCUGAACAGAAAGUAAAUGGCACUCACAGAAAGACUGUGUGAAAAGAGGGGGCUGAUGAGUAUUGCAGCGUAGUUCUAAGGAUGGAACAGGUUGAGAGACUGGUAUGUGCACAACAUGUUUCUUGUAUCCAGCUAUGCUGCCUAAUAGUACGGAUUUACCAUGUGUGAUUUUAUCACUAUCUUUAUGAGUUGUAGUCUGUGUCCCCAGUUUUAAUAAGGCUGUUCAUGAACUAAAAAUCUGAAAUCCAACAAGCCUGUCACUAGGCCUGCUGCUGCACUUACUGCUGACAACAGAAGCUUGUAAUAAAUCAGAUCUGCAGGCCUUGCUUGUUACAAGGUUAGAGAGGUUGAUGCAGAUAGAACUGAACUACUCAGGUCUGAACUGAAUAGUACCUUCUGUGGAUAGUAAAUAGAUACUUUGCUGGCAGGGAGGUAGGGGGGACUUGUAGACAUGUAAACAUAUACUCUGAGUGACAUGGCAGGUUUAACUAUAGUACAUGUAUCUAAGACUGUGGACAGCUGAAGCCCUGGGUUUGGAAAUGCUUACUCAUACAAGACUACGAAACUGAGUUUGAACAGGUACUCUGAUCUUAAGUAAGAUUGAUUCUUUAACUAAACCAAAGAACUAACAAGUGUAAAUAUGUUGCUGUCUAGUGGAAACACUGUUUUCUUACCUCUAGUACCUUCUGUUAUCCUGGCUUAAAAGCUUGCACCCUGUGGUAAAACAGAAAAAACACUGUCGUGAGCUCAAAUUCCAUAUGAAAUCCUUUAGGACUUGCUGUGAUCAAGUUGGCAGAACUCUGGCUGACCUCGUGGAGGAUGGUGUAAAAGUGUUGUCUCUCUAUUUAGACUGUUUUGGAAAGACUUCAUGGCUUCCUGUUUCUCCCUCUGUCUGGCUUGUCUUAUUUCUUUCCACUGGAGGCCUAUUUCCAUGCUUAGUGCGAUUUUUACACUUACCUUAUAUAUAAAUGGAAACACAAUUUCCCUCUUGUUAUUCGACCUGACCUGGUAACUAAUAGAGAUAUGCUUUUGCUUCUCUUCUUUCUGGCUGUUCUCCUUAUACAUCUGAAUUUCAAAAUGGAUUUGAUCAUACCUGUUCUGUUAUUGGAAUGAGUGUGUAACACUAUACCUUUUGAGAUGCAGCAAUCUGAGCAUGGCUGUGCAGCCUCCAAGCCAUGUCACAAGUUCUCUAGUUUGUUGCUGGUAAGGGAAAUGGACUCUCUUCAACCAGGAUCAUCAGGUUUUUUAAAUUACUUUCUCUGCAUGUAAAAUUGAAACUUUGCUGACAUCUUUUUUUUUUGUGUGUGUGUAACAGAAGAAACUUUCAUUAUAGAUUCAAAGGCACUUUCUUAUGCAUUGCCUCCUUGCCACCUUCUUCCAAUACUUCCUACAUACCAGUCUGUCUUCCCCCCACGCGCCUGCCUCCCCCCCCCACACACACAUUUGGCACCAAUUCUUUGUUAUUGGUUUUGAGCACCUUGGUCUGUUCUCAUUCUGACAUGUUUUCUUCUAGUACCUUUGUUCUGUCUCUGAUCUGUCUAAUGAUGUAAUCCUGCAGUGACUUCCUAUUACAGCUCCUUUUUGAAGGUCUUACGUUCUCUGUUCUCCCUGUCUUAGAGCAGAGCUCCUUGCUUUCAUUAGUCAAACUUGGCCAUAAUACUUCCUCACUGGCCAUGCUUCUAUUUGAUCUUCUUAUUGAUCUGCAGUUUUUGGGGAGCUGUUGUCCUCUUUUUCCUUAUGGCUGUGUCUCUCUGGACUCUUCUGGUUUUGCUGCCUUGCUUGUCUAAGGGCACCUUCUCUCCUACUUGGCACAGGUUUGUCAUUUGGCACCUCUGCUCUAUCUUUCAGCAUGUUCUUUGCUCCUAUGGCUUUAGCUGCUAUUCUAGUGCUUGCUGUUUUCCUGUUGCUCUGCUCUUCUGGGCUUAUGUUAAAAUCAACUGUAUGUUUUAGUUCUAUGCAAGAAAAACGGCAUCUACUAUUGAUGUGAUUAUGCUGAGUUUUCCUUGCAUAAGCUCAGGUUCCUUAGUCAUCUUGUUUAUCCUAGGUUUUCCUUUCAACUUUUCUUUGAAUGUAGAAAUGCCCUUUCUCUUAGGUUAAUUGUUGUAUUUACAGUUUUUUUUCUUGCCAGUAUUUACUUGGAAAGUUUCCACUGUGUUUAUUUUCUUCUAGGGGAUGACCGACUUGUCUUUGGACUUUAAUAGGAACCCUGUGCUACUUUGCCAAGUGUUUGUAAAGAAGCUAGUACUGGGCUGCAGAAAGAAAAGGAGAUGCAUUCCCUGCUUUCAUGUAUCAAUGCAAGAAUGUGGGAUCACAGGACAGGCUAAGGCACAUGUAAUGCAAGAACAGUAUUCUAAUAUUAGAUUUCCUGAUCAUCACUGAACAUACAUGGUAAGCUCCCUGUGGGUGUUAGAACAAAAUAGAGUUUAGUGAAGAACUGAGGGCAAUUUAAGCAGUGACUUUGUAGAUUUAAUUCAGGUAGUUAGUCAUCUAUUGUAGGGAAUGCAGUUUAUUCUUUUAUUUCCAUUGCACAUGCCUUACAGUUGCUGUUAAGUAACAGUUUUAUGAAAAAUUUUGAAAAGCAAAAAGUUUUCUUCCUCAUGUCGUAAUGCCUCUCAAGUAAUCCAUUAGUUAAGCCUGGGUCUUCAUCAUUAUUUUUUUUUUCCCGUCACUGGAGGUUGCUGUUCUUGCUUAUAAACUGCUAAAGCUCAAGAGUGGUAAGUUACGAUAGCUAAAACACAGGCUCUUAUGUAUGAAAUGGUUGAGUUUUUUCCAUUAAUUUUUGUAGUGUGAUUAACUGUCUUUGGUUGUGAGCCAAAGACAAUGGUCUUUUCCCUCAUAAGCUCUCAAGUAUAUUCCAUACUUCGCUGAAACACUGAGGUAAGCUAUAGCCUGCCAGGUCUUACUGGGCUGAAUUCUUAGUUUUGCUGAAGCAUGCUCUUUUGUAGUAACCUAGAAAACAUAACACAGUUGACCAAUAUCGUUAAUACAGAAGCAGGGAAUGGACUGAGAUGAGUUUUGUUGUGUUUGAUAGGUGUAAUUCUUAAUUUUGCUUGUGGUACAAGGACCAAAUCUGGAUAGUGGCAUUAAUGUUUGAUUAUUUUUAUUGGUUGACAGCUGGAUGGUGCUGUUGCAUAACAGACUAUAUGAAAAGAGACUCACUCCACCCACCACUGGCUCUUUCAAGCUUUUUUAGCCUCUUCCCACAGAGAUGGCAAAAUUCACACAGGAGAAAGGGAAGAUUGGUACUGCCUCUACACUACAAACAGAGGAGCAGGACAAGAGUCUAAGUUGCUACUGUUUUCACAGGUUUCUGUGCAGCUUGAGAAGUUUUGGACUAUGGUCCUUGAAAAAGAGUAUUUUUCACAGUGUUCAUUUGAUCACAGUUGAGCACUGAGCAGCAGCUAUAGGCUCUCUGCCAGGCCCAGGUGAACAUCCAGACUCCCAUAUGUACAUUUUUUUUACCAUCUCAUCCUUCCCAUUACCUUGCAGUGCGAGGCCUUUAUGUUUGGCUCCAGAAGCUUUCUGCUGCCAGAGCUGGGAUGAGUCCGUGCUCUUGAAGGUGUUGAAGUUUGUCAUCUAGCUCAAGUCCUGAAGACUUUUUUUUUGGAUUUAAUAGCUGAAGCUUUGAAAGGCAGGGAGCUGCAUGCGCUGCAACUCUUGAGUGUUUUCCAUGGUCUUCCCCUAAUAAAACUUUGCACUUGUGUGAUCAAGGGUAUGCAUAUAAGGAAGGUUUUCCUAAAACUUGUGCGGAAUAGAUGGGAUGAAUGUAGAGUAUACAAUGUUAUUCUGCUCUAAUGCCUUUGGAGGCAGCCCUUAACUCAAACUCGGGCUAAAAGUAUCUGCAUCUUUAAAGUCAGCCAAAAUAGCUAUGAAAAAAGCAGUUGUAAUCUGAAAAGUCUGGAAAAAUAGCACACUACUGCAGACUUUUAUUCUCUUUCAAGAAUUGGAGGCAACUGGGGGAAAAAAUUCUGUAAGAAAGUAGUGAAACAGGCAUAGUACGAGUCUUUGUUGUUGCAGCCUAUUUGAUAGAAAAAAACCUGAGGGAAGUACUGCAUUUAUACUGACUGAAUACAGCAUAUCAUGAAAGUAAAACUUCAGUAUGUUUUGUAUACGUGACACCAUGUAUGUAGUAACUGAGGCUCAGCAGAUUUUUAGUAACUUCGCUCCAUCCUUUAGGAUCCUUUCUGUCUGGAUGGCUGCUAUCUCAAAAUCCUUUUCAGAGGAUUUUCAGUUUUAAGACCUUCAGUGUAAAAAUCUUAGAUCACACAAUUACUUCCCUUUUGACAACUAAGCUGCUAGACUGAAUGCAGCAACUUUAAAUUCUUUGCAACUUGCUUGUCUCUCUUCAGCAUGCCUUUCAAUAAACUCUGCUGUUUCCUCACACUGAUGCUAUAUUCUACCCUGUGGACACUGUUCUCUUACUGUGUUAUUUUUUGAUUAUAUUUUUUCCUUCAGGUACAAUACUGUUUCAUCUCCUGAUUUCUAUAUUACCUUUUUGCUUUUAUCAAUUACCCUGCUUCCCACCCUGUCUUGUAACUUUGCUCACCAUGCCUGAGAUUCAAAGUUAAUCUUUGAGGUUUUAUUCUACAGCUUUAUCCUCCCCUGUUGCCUGAUCAGCUCUUUUGCAAGCUAAUUUACGUUAGCUCUGGCUGAAAUACCUUCUCUCUCAUGAAAAAAAUCAGUUGUAUAAUGCAUAUAUAAGUGCCUUGGUUUUAAGAACACUGUCUUUCAACUCAGAAAUACAAUUCUUUAGUUACUGCCCUGUGAUAAAAAAGAAAGAGGCUACUGUAGUAGCAAACUCGCAAGACUACAUGUGUAUCUGUAUAAAAUGUUAAUGAGGUAGCUGGUGAAAGCAUCUCCCCUCCCUUUUUUUUUUUAAUUCUGUUAACCCUUUCUCAAAAAAAGCUUUCCAGGCUCAUUUGUUGUAUGGUGGCAUGUUACAUGUAAUUCAAGCUGUCUGCUCCUUGAGCAGCAACCUGCCAUUUCUGAUUGGUGUGUAGAAUUCUGUACACAGCUAUGGCACUAGAGAAACAUUAAAAAUAAUACUGAAGUUGGUUAGGCUGAGAGCCAUGAUAGAUUUUCCUGUCUUUCUGAUACUGAAGUAAUGUGGCAGAUGGCCUAAUUAUUAUUAGCAGUUCCUUCCCUAGCAAAUCUCUUCUGAGGAGAGACAAGAGGGGUAUUUAAUAUGAAAUGCUUUUUCCUGAUGCUGUCUGUGGGAGUAAUUCCUUAUUUUGUUAUAUAAUACCAAACAAUCAGAUAAGCUGGGUGGCAUGGUUUUUCUGUCAAGGAGACAGAAGUUUCUUUUGGUGGUGGUUUGUUUUUUUUAAAGCUAAUAAAACCUUCAUUGUCAGUGAAGCUAGGCAUACAUCUAUUUUUCUAAAACUUUUUUUAAAAUGAACUUUGAGUAUUCUUUUCUAGAUCUAGGCUUUUUCCAAAAUCCCAAAGGAUUAUUGAUAUUCACAGCCUCCCUGUGUCAGGGGCUUUGUGGUUGUUUGGGGUUUUUUUGCAACAUUCAGCUUGAGCAGAUUCUGUCUGGACCACCAACCCUAAUUUAUUUAAAUCUAUGUGGAGCUGUUUCACAACCUGCUAUUGUUUCUUUUUUUUAAAACUCAGAUAUUGAUUGUUGGUGAAUUGUGUUUUGCAUUGCACUAUUCUUCCAAUCAUCACUCUCUUAAAAGUCCCACUACACUUGGGCUACCUCUUUACCUAUUUUACUUUGAUAAAAAGCAAUGUGCUGUAAACACUUAGUGAUAUUUAAGUGACUUUGGCAGAAUACAGACUUGAAAAGGAAAUGAAAAUUGCUCAAUCCCUGCUAUUUUCUUGAACAUUGCUUUCAUUUUCAAAGAGUUUCAAAACCAUCUUGCUUCCUCUUUCAAUUUCAUAAUACUUCUGGGUCACAUUAGUGGAUGCAAGCUAUGAGCCACCUUUUGAAGCUGCUAUGUAACAAACAUUUUCUCUUAAUGUCAAACUCUUACUUUACGUGGAAAACACUUUUACCCUUUUAUGGCAAAUGUUUCUACAAAUACUGCCUUCUGUUUUAGCUUUUUUCUCUGUACUACAUACUUCAUUCUCUUCUAGCAGAGAGGUCCUUUUGUAUCUAACAUUCUCAGUGGAACAGAAAUGCAUGCGUCUUUGCCUGUUCUUUAUCUCUCACUUCUCAGUAUUUUAAGUUUACACCUUUUCCAAUAUACUUUAAGAAAAUUUUUUUAAAAUUCAGCCUUUGAAUUUGAAAAGGUACUGUUUAAUUCCUGUACUUUAGCACCUUAACUAUGCUGUGCUUGGUUUGGUUGGGUUGGUUUUUUUUAAUACUUCAUGUGAUAGUCCCUGGCACAAAGGACAGGUUUUGUGCCUGGAAGCUAUCAGUGUCAUCCAUUGCCCUGUAACAUAAGAAUGGUCACCCGUAGUCAUUGCAAAACACCAUUUCAUGUGUGCUGUGAAUCAGUAGAUUUAAAAUAAAAAGUAACAAAACAAUUUUUACAAAAGCAAGCCUCUCCUUAAAUUUACUGUUACUGGAAAUAAAAAGAUUUCUUUAACUGCUUUUUAGUAAAGGCACUUGAAUAUGAAUGCUGGAUGAUAUUAAAAGCUUCAAACUAUACAGUUUGGCAACUGUGUAGGUUGGGGAUCAGAUUUAUGUUGUAUAUACAUACAAGAAAAUUGGUGUCUUAACAUGGAAAACAAUAAAAGAUGAUGUAUAAUGACAAACAAGAUUAUGCUUAAGUUGGAGAAGAGGGUACUCACUGAAUAUGCUAAAGGCAAUUCACAGCUUUUAAGACAAAGACUAAUAGCAGAAAUAGGGGAAAUCGGCUCAAGUUUGCAAACAAUCAUAAGCCUGUUUAGAUUCUUCACAUUUUUUGAUUAUAAAAGAUUACAGUUCUGUUAGAAAAGAUUUUUUGCAAUGUCUUCGCAGAAAUGACCUGCUAGUAAUACUUUCUUAUAUUGUCACGUGAAUCUCAAAAACUUGUCUUGCCUUGAAACUUGUAACCCUGAGCAGUCCUUGACUCUGGAGUUUGAUGCAACUGUUGAAGUGAUCAGUGAAUGUGAUUGUAUAUUAAAAGUAUGUGUGAGGUUUUGUGAUGUA